CAUUUCUCCAUGUUUUAAACCAGCAGCUACCUAUUCAACAUAUGAAUGAGUAAUGCGUUUAGACCAUAUGUCAUAUGGUGCCUCGUAUUGUUUAGCAGCAAUAAUCUGCAUCAUGAUGAAAUGAGACUACUUCAUAUGGGUCUAUAAUGUAAGAGGAAUGGCAUUUUAUUGGUUGAUAAAAUUGUCACCAAAUCCUGUGCUACCUUUUUUCAUUCAACCUACAUUUAUUUUUAAAGGCUAUUGAAACAUGUUUCAUAAUCAUGAUAAUGGUGGUGUGGGUGGAUGAGGGCUGGGAUGGGUAGCUCGGGUAGUCGGGUCGGGUGAGUAGGACCUGGGUACCCACGGGACUACCAGGGCCCAUUGGUAGUCAUGUGAUAUAUUGUUCAAUGUCAGAAAAUAUCUAGAACUCUAUGGUUAAACCAUAUGUGACAAAUGUUUACAUUUCUCUCUGACUAUGCCUACAUUCCUCAUUACCAGUCCACUAGAGUUAUUCUAUGUCUAUAUGCCGUAUUUGACAUAAUAAGGGCUCAGGGCACUCUCAAAAUUAGAAAUAGGGGACUCUUAUUAGAAUAUUAUUUUGGUGAAAAAAGCAGAGUUGAACGAUAAAUUUCAGGGUUUAUGCAGACAGCCUCAAAUGUUUAUGUACGACAGGUAUAUCUUUCCAGAAUUUAAUUGCCCAUAAUUAAGGGUGCAUAUAACACACUGGUGCGUAUUAUACACGAAUAAAUAAGUCUUGUGUACAUUGAUCAAUCGGAAGGGGUGCUAAUUGGGAUUGUUCACUAGCCAGUAUAUUAGCAAAUAUCGCAGUGGGCGCUCAUUAUGUCGGAUACGGUAAACAAAACUGUUAUGGUCACUGUCAAAACAUUGUUAUGGUAACCUACGCAACCAGUAUGAGUCUGACUGGUGAGAAUGACGAACAAGCAAUGCCACAAUAGUAUAUAUCCCAUAUGGUCACCUCCAUAAUAUAUAUUAUAUACCCUGUGAUGUUUCAGAAUGGCAGUGAUGGAGGAUGUACAUGUUAUGGGGGUUACAAUCAUCACACAGCUACAACACUGGUUCCAGAACCAGAGUGAGUUUAUGCUGUUCCUCUCUCACGUUGGCGAUCCUCACAAUGCGUUCCUCAUCUACUUCCCCUUGGCUUACUUCCUCCGUCAGUCCGUGGGCAGGAGAGUCGUGUGGGUGGCGGCCAUCGCUGAGUGGCUGAAUGCAGUCUUCAAACUAAUACUUCAUGGCGAGCGUCCAUAUUGGUGGGUGCAGGAGUCCACAGCCUACACCAACGCCACCAGGCCCCAACUGCAGCAGUUUAGACUGACCUGUGAAACAGGACCAGGCAGCCCAUCCGGUCAUGCCAUGGUGACAUCAGCGGUUCUCUAUAUUCUUGUGUCUGACUACCUGUUUCACAGCAAAGUCAAAAGUGUAUUGAUGCGCAUAUUCUCAUGGACACUGUUUUGUGUUGUGAUGCUGGCUGUCAACCUAUCCCGAUGUUAUAUUGCAACACACUUCCCUCACCAGGUGGUAGCAGGGGUCAUUGUAGGUGUUGCGAUUGGUCAGAUCUUCAACAGCUUCUCUACGGAGACCUUGACCUUCAAGCACUAUCUAGCUGCUGCCGGGAUCUUCAUAACAACGACCCUGAUGACCUUUGGAGCGAUCCAGGCUGUAGGCCUCGAUGCCAUGUGGUCAGUCAGCAAGGCCCAGCAAUGGUGUGCACGAGCCGAGUGGGUCUAUUUGGAUACCACGCUCUUCUACAGCGUCACAAGAGAUGCAUCAAGUCUCUUUGGUCUUGGCAUCGCCCUGUUCGUGCUGCCACAGGUCAACCAAGCCGGUCAUGCCAUGGCGAACCGCCUCGUCCACAUCUCUAUCUCCCUGAUAGCGUCCCGGGUCAUUGACUCGUACAAGCUGCCUCACUCGCCAAUCACCCUCUUCUAUCUAUUGGCCUUUUGCAAGUUUGUGCUACUCUUUAUAUUCAUUAUUAACAUUGUCCCGAGAAUUAAUUUGUUUUCUAACAAUUCCAAACAAGAUGAGAAGAAAAUGAGCUGACUAGAGGCAUGUACUUGUCCAGAUUUAUAAUCUUAGAUCAACAUCAACAGCUGCAGGUUCAUCUCACUGGUCAUCGUUCUUCUUUUGAUGGCACCAGUGAUGUCAGAUUUGAUUUCUGGGUCCACAGGUUUUUUGUAUUUUUGUGAACAAUCAUUCAUUGUUUCCAUGUUUGUUGAACUUUGUUCUUGUGUAACAGUCCAUCUGGUGGUGAUUAGCAGCCCCUUGAAACAGGAAUGCUUUAAGGUUUUGUUGGAUUUUGACUGCCACUGCUGGUUAUUUUUCUAAUGUCUACUGGGGGCACAGAUGGCCCAGUUGUCUAAGGCACCGCAAUUCACUGUUCAGAGUUGCAUCCCUUGGACACACCAGAAACCUAUGGUUGUUGGUUCAAAUAUGGUUCACCCCGAUUAUGUUU